UGAUUUUCAGUUGAUGGACAUGCAAGAGUCAAUGUGGCAAGAUACCUUGACACCAUUUGUUGAGGAAACCAUUUUACAAGUUAACAAAUGGGGAUUUAGCCUUGCAGAUUUACAAGUAAGGAAAAAACAGAUGAAGGGAAUCAAAUCAUGGUUUCAUUCACUGUUUAAUGAAGUUCAUGAAGAGUGGGAGGGAUUUCUUGGACCAAUACAUAUUUGGCAGGGCAUGGAUGACCGGAUCGUACCCUACCCCUUAAAUGAUUAUGCAAAACGUAUGGUACCUGGUGCCAUUCUUCAUAAGCUGAUUGGUGAAGGUCAUUUUUCAUAUUUUUAUUUUUGUGAUGAAUGCCAUAGAGAAAUAUUUAUUACGCUCUUUGGAAUUCCGAGAGGCACAUUGUCCAUUGAUCCUGAUCCAGAGAUAGCCCAUGGUUCAGAGUCAGCUGAAGACGGAGAGUUGUAAAAAGAGGACUAAAUAACGUGAAAAAAAAAAAAUUUCUAAAUGGGAAUUCUGUUUAAGUUAUAAGUUCCCAAUGGAUUUUGGGAAUAGAAUUCUGUGCAGCAGAGUGACUGAGUCUAGGAAGAAAAGCUGUAGCUAUAUGGAAAAACUAUACUUGUAAAUUGAGGGAGCAUUCCUCUGUUGGGAAAUUGAACCAUAGCUUCGGAAUAGGAUAUGCAUGUUGUGCAUAUUUUAUCAUUCAAGUUGAAAGGAUUACCGAUGUGUGGGCCUCAGCUAAGCUUGUGGAAAGGCUUCAAGAAGUUGGAGGUUGAAAACGGAGAAUGAAUUGCAUAAAAAUGGCGUUUCCACAUUUCUCUAUGGCCAUUUCUUGUAACAGUUAUGGCAAAUGGAAUCUGAAACUCUGUAUUCAUAUUCUUCAUUUGAGCAAUAAAAUUUUCAGUUACCAAAAUUGCAAGGAAAUGCAUCACAAAUACAGGCCCCAUUUAUUUUUAAUUUCUAGAGUAAUGGGUAGCAUUUCUUUAUCGUAAAAAUCUAUACG